UCAAACAUUUCCGUCCAAACAUAUCGAUCUCCACAAUCCACUUUUACUAUUCAAUUAUUCGCGGCUGGCUAUAUAAACGGCCUGCCAUGGACAAGCUAGAGACUUAGAGAGAAAAAACACAACCAAGAGCUAGGAAGAAGAAGUUAGAACACUCAGAAUCUCAGGUCGACGAUAAUCUCUCUGGUCAUGGAAGACGUAAACCGAACCAAAGAGGCAAGCAACGAAGCAAGGAUUGCCAUACUGGAGCUGGCCAACAUGAUCAGCGUCCCUAUGUCCCUAAACGCCGUCGUCCGCCUCAACGUCGCCGAUGCCAUCUGGCAAUCCGGCUCUAACACCCCCCUCUCCGCCUCUCAGAUCCUCGAACGUGUCCUUCCUGCCGGCGGUGGUGACGCCGAGAACCUCCAGCGCAUCCUCCGCAUGCUCACCAGCUACGGUGUGUUCUCCGAGCACUUCAACGCCGACGGCUCCGAGAGAAAGUUCUCCCUCACCGAGGUCGGCCAAACCCUAGUCACCAAUCAAGAUGGUCUCUCCUAUAGGGCCUAUGUCCUCCAGCACCACCAGGAUGCACUAAUGGGGGCGUGGCCACUGGUGCAUGAGGCGGUGGUGGAUCCCACUGUGGAACCGUUCGUGAAGGCGAACGGCGAGCCGGCGUACCAGUACUACGGGAAGAGGCCGGAGAUGAAUGGGUUGAUGCAAAAGGCAAUGUCGGGAGUAUCUGUGCCGUUCAUCAAGGCAGUACUAGACGGUUACGAUGGUUUUCAAGGGGUGACGAGACUGGUGGAUGUGGGUGGCAGUGCGGGAGAUUGCCUGAGAAUGAUCAUAGACAAAUAUCCCAAUGUACGGGAAGGCAUUAACUUUGACCUGCCUGAGGUCGUUUCGAAGGCCCCAGCUAUCGCCGGAGUGACUCAUGUUGGUGGUGACAUGUUCAAGUCAAUUCCUAGUGGUGACGUUAUCUUCAUGAAGUGGAUUUUAUCAACAUGGACGGAUAGUGAGUGCAAGCUGAUACUGGAGAAUUGUUACAAGGCACUUCCUGCAGGAGGGAAAUUGAUUGCUUGUGAGCCCGUGGUGCCGAAGAAAUCAGACGACAGCCACAGGACGCGUGCUCUUUUAGAGAAUGACAUAUUCGUGAUGACUAUAUAUCGCGCCAAGGGCAAGAAUAGGACUGAAGAAGAAUUCCAGCAGCUUGGUCACUCCGCUGGCUUCUCUCAUUUCAGACCAAUCUAUAUUGAUUACUUUUAUACCGUCUUAGAAUUCCAAAAGUGAUUUUGAUUGCUAUUUAGUCAAAUACCAAAAAUAACAAUGUCAGAUUUUGGUCAUGAACACAUGAAUAAUGUUUUGACUCUCACAUUUAAGAGGGUAAAUGGAUUGGAACUGUCAGACAACUUACAGAUACAA